GAUGUCGCGGACUCUGAAAACGACAAGAGACGCGGUGGCGAAAAGUGCUGCUCGGACCCGGCCACGGACGACUCCUCCGAAAGCGACGGUGACGCCCAGCCGACCAAGUCAUUCCACCGGCGGAUUUCCACCUCGAAGGCCAUCAAAAACGGGGUGUGCGUGAAGGAGGGAUGCCUACUGAAACAGACCAGUUCAUUCCAAAGGUGGAAGAAGCGAUACUUUCGACUCAAGCCGCGGAAACUCUACUAUGCAAAAGACACCAAGUCUGUGAUUUUUGAGGAGAUUGAUCUCACCGAGCUCAGCGUGGCCGAAUGCAGUACAAAGAAUGCAAACCAUAGUUUUCAGAUUAUCACGCCGUUCCGGAGGCUCGUUUUAUGCGCGGAGACGAGGAAAGAAAUGGAAGAUUGGAUCUCAGCCCUGAAGAGUGUAUGCAACAAGGAUUUUUAUGAGGGCACCGAACACCAGCAGGAUUUUCUGUCUGGGCAGCACAACUGGUACGUUACAUCUCACGCACGUCCCACCUAUUGCAAUGUUUGUAAGGAAGCACUCUCGGGCGUUACCUCCCAUGGCCUCUCUUGUGAAGUUUGCAAAUUCAAGGCACACAAAAAGUGUGCACUCAAGUCUCCAAACAACUGCAAAUGGACAACAUUGUCAUCUGUAGGAAAAGACAUUAUUGAAGAUGAGGAUGGGAACCUGACCAUGCCUCAUCAGUGGAUGGAGGGCAAUCUGCCUGUCAGUGCAAAAUGCUGUGUCUGUGACAAGACCUGCGGCAGUGUUCUCCGGCUCCAGGAUUGGCGAUGCCUUUGGUGUAGAGCCACGGUACAUUCGGCCUGCAAGUGCCAGUGCCCCAUGCAGUGUCCACUGGGUGUCUGUAGAGCUUCGGUGAUUCCCCCAACUGCACUACACAGUACCGGGGGUGGGUCUGAUGAGCCAUGGGAAGCAGUGGUGCCCACUCGUCGGGGCAGCAUAGGAGCAGCCACAGAUCCAUCUCAGCAGGGCCAGCCAGGCAGCACACCUUUGCUGGUAUUUGUCAACUCCAAGUCUGGUGACAACCAAGGAGUACGUUUCAUACGACGCUUCAAGCAGCUUCUCAAUCCAGCUCAAGUCUUUGACCUCAUGAAUGGAGGCCCCAGCCUUGGGCUUCGAAUGUUUCGGGCUUUCGUGCCAUUGAGGGUGCUUGUGUGUGCGGGAGAUGGCAGCGUGAGCUGGGUGCUAAGUGAGAUGGACCGGCUGUCACUGCACCGCCAGUGCCAGACGGGCGUGCUCCCACUGGGCACAGGAAAUGACCUUGCACGAGUGUUGGGCUGGGGAUCCGUUUGCGAUGACGAUGCCCAGCUGCCACAGCUGCUCGAGAAGUACACCCAUGCAGCUCCUCGGCUCCUUGACCGGUGGAGCAUUAUGACAUAUGAAGGGACCAUGCCACUGCCUUCCAGGAAGAUGUCCACUCCGUAUGACCGAAUCGCUGUUUACGAAGACUCCGUGGUUGCUCAUCUAUCACAGAUACUACACUCUGAUCAGCACUCAGUGGUGAUCUCAUCAGCAAAAGUCCUGUGUGAAACUGUGAAGGACUUCAUUGCCAAAGUUGGUGCUGCCAACUCCUGCGGUUCUACUGAGAUUGACAAAGACUCUAUAUCACAUAAGUGCAAAGUUCUCAAUGAAAAACUGGACUCCUUGCUGAAAACUCUGAAAGAGGAGUCACUGGCCAUUGAGCAGUCUGAACCUGAGGCACAAAUUGGCAAGAAGGAACCAGACGAAGACAAAGACGAGAAUAGAACAAGCACAGCCCUGAAGCCAACAAAGACAGCAUUUAUACAACGAGAAGCUCUCAUGCUGAGGGCCAACAGUCUCAAGAAAGCAGUUCGGCAGAUUAUUGAGCACACUGAAAGAGCCGUGGAUGAACAGAAUGCCCAGACCAAAGUGCGAGAGGAGAAUGUGGAGGAUACAAACCAGAGUGCAGAACGAGUUUAUCAGGAAGAAGAGAAAGGCCUCGAGGUCCAGGCACUGUGGACGGACCUUGUGGACCCUGGAGGAGGAAGCAGCCCGGCUACAGAUGCCGAGUUGUCAGCAGAGUUGCCUGUGCUCACUACCAGCUUCCAUGAGUCAUCAGAAUGCUGGGACCCCUGGGGAAUUGCAAUGGGACAGAGUGUUGGUGCACCGCUCAAGGACACACUGCAGGUGACUCUGGCCACCAUCGAGGGCGGUCUCAGUGCAGACAGCUCUCCAUGUCCAUCACCCCGCUCUCUAAUGGCCACUCCUUCACCAAGUCCUUCACCAUGCAGUGUGUCGCCACAGCCAGCCAAGGAAGAGUGUCGGCCACAACGGGAACUUCGCCGGUCAUCACUGAGUCCGUCAUCAUUGCAUCCAACCAGCCUUGCGCUGACGCCCACAACCGAAGAAGAUGACGAUCGCUCAUGGGGAAGUCCGCAAAGGACUUCGAAAAAGAACAAAGGUGAAAGCAAGAAACGCUCAGCAUCCAAAGCAAGUGGCAGUGCUGCAACAGCACAGUCGCCCACGGGCUCUCGACGCAUCAGCAGCGGGAGCACUCUGAAACAUCUGGGCCUGUCAUUGCUUCCUGGCGAGCGAAGCCCAUCGGAAGAGCUCCCGCCGUCUUCCACGCAUCCACUGAGCACUUCCCCACAACAGCCAUUGCAACUGCAGCAGCCGCAGCAGCAACAGCGCACUUUCCCCAUUAUAAACCCUCUGGCGUCACUGCCCAUGUGGCCUAACCUGAACCGCGAGAGUCUGGUGGGCAAGGUGCUACUGGCCAAUGCCGAUGCACUCUGCGCGGCCGCCUCUCCUUUGAUGGAUGUUGAAGAUGUGUCAUUGGAAGGCUUUGAAGAAAAGUGUGUCAUGAACAACUACUUUGGCAUUGGUCUGGAUGCCAAGAUCACUCUUGAGUUUCACAACAAGAGGGAAGAGCACCCUGAGAAAUGCAGGUCUCGAACCAAGAACUUAAUGUGGUACGGCGUUCUGGGUGGCAAAGAGCUGUUGCAGCGUACGUACAAGAAUCUGGAGCAGAGGGUGCAGCUGGAAUGCGAUGGACACCGUAUAGCAUUGCCUUCCCUCCAAGGCAUUGUGGUGCUUAAUAUUCCCAGUUAUGGAGGAGGCUCCAAUUUCUGGGGUGGAAGCAAAGAGGAUGAUGUCUUUUAUGCGCCGGCCAUAGAUGACAAGAUACUGGAGGUGGUUGCCGUCUUUGGUACCGUACAAAUGGCAGCAUCCAGAGUCAUCAACUUGCAGCACCACAGAAUUGCCCAGUGCCGGUCAGUGCGCAUCACAGUGACUGGGGAUGAAGGAGUGCCUGUUCAAGUAGACGGUGAGGCUUGGGUGCAGCCUCCAGGUUACAUAUGUAUAGUGCACAAGAACCGCACCCAAAUCCUGUGCCGAAACAGGUGUGAUGCGAGCAUGAAGCUGUGGCAGGAGCGACCAAGGCAUUUUCAGACGGGACGUCACGGCCAUCACCACUAUCACCACAGAGGCUCCUUGACUGAGGAGGAGGUGCAGCAGCUCACCGCUUUCAUUGACGCCGUCUCCAGCCUCGUUCGAACAAUCAAGACUGCAUCAGCUACAAAUGCUGUUGUAGAACACGAGCUGUUCUUGGCCGCUUCUCAAACUUCCUCUGCGAUCGACCACGUCUUCCCUGGAGGUCACUUGGUAGAAAAUAUGCAGACACGGCAACUUAUCUGUGACCUUGUGGCCAGUGUCAGGCAGCUGUGUCAAGAGACAAGAAUCUUUGCCUCUGAGAAGCUCGAAGAAGCGAAGCUGCCCCCGCAGCUGGAAGAAAAGUUGAUUUCUACAACUGCCACUGUCGAAGAAGAGCUGCGCAAGUGCUUCGACUUGCAAAACACAGGAGACGAUGAGCAAGAGCAUAAGCGGCCUCGGAGUCUGUUCAAGCUGAAACUGAAGCGUUCCAAGGCAACUGCUUCGUCUUCGUCAUCCUCGACAUCGGUGACUCAGCCACCUGCCAGGAGAGAGCCAUCUCUCUCAAUCAGUAGUGGAGGCGGAACGACCGAUGAUGGCUCAGCAGGACCCAUAGGCCUAGCUUCAUGCUCUAGCGGGGCCCACUGCAGCACACCGGAGUCUGCUCCUCCCCCACUCUCCAAGUCGCCAGCAAAGUCGCCGGCAAAGUUGUCGCAGCACGGAUCUCGAGAAAGGUUGGCUGCCAUGGGUCCAGGAGUGUCCUCCUGGUCAGCAGAGCAAGUGGCGAGCUGGCUGGCCGAGAUCCAAAUGCGAGAGUACCAGGAGCACUUUUUGCGGCACGACAUUCGUGGCCCCGAACUGCUCAGCCUGGAGAGACGGGACCUCAAGGAGCUCGGGAUCACCAAGGUCGGCCACAUCAAGCGAAUUCUUCAGGCAGUGGCAGACCUUAAAAAGCUCUAGUAUUGAGCCGAAGCAUCAGUCACAAAGGAAGCUUGGGAAAAAUCGUGCUCAUUGGUACCAAAUACCAGCUGCCAAAACAAUGGGACCACAACCAAGGACGGGAUGUUGCGGCCUGAUGACAAUCAAGCUCGUGCUGCGUGUGCUGAAUAGUUAAGUUCAGCAAAUGACAUUCCAUCAUACAUUGUGCUAGUCACAACACAGGGCCAUUUUAGGUAACCGUAGUCUGACAACAUUGAAUGAGCGUGCUUGGGCCGCUCCAGUUAUUCUUUACACUGUGCUCCGCUGCCAUGUGUUGACCCUUCUGCCAGAAGUGACACAGUUGCAAGCAUUUCGUUCUAUGCGAAUAGCAAAUAAGACUGUUGGCCAGUAACUUUCAUUCCACUGUGAAUGCUGGAGCUCACCAUUACACAGUGAUUUACGUUGUACAGCAUUAUACAGAGCACACUACAGUUACUAGACUGACUAGUUCGACCUGCUGCAAAUGACAAGUUUUUAACCAUGUGGCAUACUAGUAGAGUCUUAGUGGAGCAGUUUCAAAGCAGUGGUUGCCAGGGGUUUGUCUUGUGGGAAGCCAUGAUGUUACUGUAAUUUUUUUAUCUUUUUAUAUACACAUUUUCAAAUGCACCUCGUACGUCUUCGUAACCAUCAGUAUUGGAUUGCACUCGAAGCUGAAUGUGUGUAUAUAUCGCUACAUCUUUGCGUGUGCUCGAAUACGGGCGUUGCAAUUUUUGUGCUCGAGACUGCACGUGUCGUGUUGUUUUUUUCCCUUUGCACUAAUCCACUACUUAUUUUUUCUUAGUGUGCAGUGAAGGUCACAUUUAAUAAGAUUGCAUGCUCAAUGUUCCAAGCUGUAAUGUCCCUGAUACUACAUAAGACUUGCGUCUAAAGAGAGCAGAAAGUGUGAGGGUUUUAUUACCUGCAAUGUCUGCCCUUGUAUUGAAAUGGUCGGUGUCGGAAAAUCCGUGACUUGGUUGCCAUGCAAAGCCUUCAUUGGAGCCAAAAGCUGUUCAGGCAUAUGCUACAGUGCAUGCUAAAGAACAAGUCGCCAGUUUGUUUUACAUGAGUUUUGCUGAGUUUAUCUUGUAUUUCUCCUUUCUUUUUUAAUUCAGAAGUGUUCUGGUCUCUAAAUCAUAACUCUCAAACAUCUCCUCUCCUGAAUGAACCGUAACAGUAGCUAUUCUAUUUCAACACUGCCCCUUCAAAAACUUGCUAGAGCUCACCGAACCUCAGAGCUUAGGAGAUCAGCUAUUAAAGGCCUGGUAAAUAUAGAGGCCAUUUCUUUUUCACUAUAGACCCUCUGUGGUUGCUUACGUUGGCAUUCUGUGAUGACAUCAUUGAUACUUGCAAUGGCUUAUUACUAUUACUGGCUUCUUCCCUUUUCAUAGAAAUACAUGAGACCAAGAAGUUUUUAAAUUGAUUUAUUAUGACAGACGGAAGUCAUGAAGGGCCCAUUUUGUAAAAAACCUUGCUCUUAUACGUUUAGGGUAGCUUUCAAAAGGAGGUAACAGCCUGAAAGUUUCAAACGAAGUAAUUUUUGCUAAAAGUAGAAGUCUGCAGCUGCAGAAGCCAUUGCAACAGCCUCAGAGGAACUGUUGCCGAUGGCUGCGGAUGGGUGGCAACAUGAAGGAGACAUAAAGGUGAGGAAAGAGGAAGUUAGGCACGAACAGUGGAAUUAAACAUGGAGUUCUUGGUGUAGGGCUCGGGUUCGUUAUUAUGCAACAUUCCUUCUGGCGCCGAAACCCGGGACAGAAGGAAUGUUGCAUAAUGGCGAACCUGAGCCCUACCACUGCUUGUGCCUAACUUCGUCUUUCUUCUCCUCUAAGUCUCCUUCAUGUUGCCACCAGUCUGCGAUCAUUGGCAGUGGGAACAUCAGUUGAGAUGCCUUUUAAAGGCACCUCGCUUGUAUCUACAAAGGCUAACAAUGUGACCAUUUCUUCAACAGCUGCUAAAUGCGGGAUGCAGCAACUGUUUCAAAAGCAUUUAACCUUGUAGCGAUAUGCAGUAGCAGGUGGCACUGACAGAUAUGCCAGCAGUUCUUGUGAAAGCACGCUUGAAGGGGGUCUCUGUAUGAAGGCCUGUUGAAUAGAGUUCCAGAGUGAAAUGAAGCUUUGCAGGGCAGGCAACAUUAGGAUUUUGCAAACUGCAAAAUGUUGAUCAACUGAACAAUAUUACCAGAUGAAUUUCAGGAUGCUUUUGCUUGAAGGGACACCAAAAGAGAAAAACGAUUUUUCUCAUAAUGGUAAGUUACAGUUUCACAUUACCAAAAACAGCCCUCUUACCAUGUGGAGACACGGCAAGCGAGAAAAUGUGCAAAAAAAAAAAUGUAGGUGGCGACGCCACCAUGAAAUUUCUGCACCAAUUUCCGUGACUUCAUAAGGUCAGGCGGCCUUUGCUGAGGCCUACAUAGUUCUUAAUCGGUAAAAAUGAAGUACAUUGUCCUUUGAAGGGGCCAUUAAUUUAACAUACCAUGUUUUAAGAAAUUUUAUUGAGCAAAUCACACCAAAUAACAAAAUAUACACUUUGAAAACUGUGAUGUUGCAAGCGAAUAUUUCAGCACGAAUUUUAAGUGACAUUGUCUUUGAUUUUCUCCUCUAUUAGUAAACAUAUGAUGGCAAAAUAACGACUUGAGAGUUUUCGGAGUACAAUUUAUCAAUCUAAACUAAAUCAUUGUUUCACUUUUGUGUCCCUUUAAGAUUCAUGUGAUGGCUGAUCGUCGAAAACGGCUUACAGAUAAAUUAUUUUCCUCAAUGAUGUAACUUAUAAGCGAGUGUAAAUUUAAUUUUAUUAGUCUGUUAUGUGUACUAUAAAGCAGUUUUUGGUUACAAUAUAGUUAGGUAGUCAAGUUGCAGCAUUUCAACAAAUGUUCAGCCUUCAACAGCUGUUCGGUGUAUACUAAUACACGGUAUUGCAUGUCUGCAGCCAGCUUUUGAAACCCCUGGUCGAUAAUUAAGCACACCACGUGUUUCUAGAGUGGCUUGACAAAAAUUUGAUGUGGCAUACGAACAGUUGCUGCAGUUACAAUGGAACCAAUUACUACUUCAAGUUCGUGCAAACUUUAUCACUGCAAUAUUAUACUGUGCAUGCUACACAGCUCCACCAAAGUUGUUUGAAACAUUCUCCUGCUAAAAGCACAUACCAUAUUUUCUCGCGUAUAAUCCAUCCCUACAUACAACCCACGCUCCUAACUUUAACUCUACAAAAAGAACAAAAAAAUGCAUGUAAUCCCUGCAUAUAACUUGUUAAGCAUAUUUUUCCCGUUUUUAUUGACAUGAGUUAUACGCAAGAAAAUACGGUAUUUUCAUACAUAGCCUCUGUAGUGCAGUAUUUGCGUCACAGUGGUAGUAUGCGCACCGCGAAAGCAAAACUCAAUCACCUUUGCAGCCUUGCCCUUUGUGUAAGCACAGCAGACUGCACCUCCCGAUGCACCUGUCGUGUUCUCACCGUCUCUCAUGUACACCAACACUUUUGUACUUGCACACACGAGCAAUACCAUUUGUGCCAACCUGAACUCAUGCCUCUGUUGUUUCGCCCGUCACUAUGUGUAGUACCAGGCCCGAAACAUCUCACUCACACAUAUGCAUCUACCGAUUAUUGCUGCUGCCAUGAGCAGACACUUCUCUGCAAGAUACAGUGUUUUCAUUACUUACAUUAUUUGUUUGGUUAGUCUCACCUGUUUUCAUUUUGUGGGUUUGCAUUGUGGAGCUUAGUGUCUUGUACGAGAGCUGUGCUCCUUGCAAGGGUGUCCUUGUGCAGAGGCAUUCAUGCGACUAAGCUUCAUGGCAAAUACAGUUUGGUAACAUGGGUCAGCUAAGCAAACUCAAUCACAUCAUAAAGAACAUCGAUUGGCCUCUUUUUUAAGAACAAAGGGCACGCAGUAGUGAGACUAAUACACAAUAAGCAUCGUAGAAUUUUUAAUUUCACGUGAACUUCCUGUAGCUGUUGCUUACUCUAGGCACUUCACUUUUACCCAGGAACAGCUUACAUGAGUUAGAUGUUUAAAGCUUUGGGAUUUUCGGCUUAAAAUGCGCAUCACUUUCAGCACCACGUAUCUUGUUUAGUUACUUGGAGGUGUAAGAGCUCAGAUGUCUAUUGUUUUGCGUGACGUGUGACAAAGGCAUAUCAUGUUGCAAUCCUGCAUUUGGCAUUGCCCUAUUCAUUCAAGAGGCACUGUUCAGAAACAAUGCUAGCAGGAGUGUAGAAGAGUUUUCAUAAAUGACCAAAAUAAUUACGUUUUGAUGCAAUUCUGCAAUAAUGACACCUACUGUGAACAGUGUGUAUAAGCGCACUUGUCUUUACUGCUUUGAGUCAGCAGUCAUGUCAUGUCUAUAGUGCAAAUUACAUGUUUCAUUAAUAAGCAUUUUAUUUUCCCCACUUCAAAUUACAAGAGUGACAGAUAUUGUCAGCGAAAACUAGUAACAGUAGGCUCCACUUAAACAAAACUGGCUUAAAUAAAAUAGUGGUGAGAAUCUGGUUGACAGCCCAUAUCUGAUACUUCGAUUAGUUGGUGUCAAGUUUUAUGAACUUUGGUUAACAGUAAAUUCAAUCGAAGGCACCACCUUCUUCACCACUUGUGUAACGGAAAAUUCCAACUAAAUGCCCCUACCUUCCAUUCAGUGAAAGAUAAAUCGACCAAGUUUAGCGGGGGUUCUCUCGCUCGGUUCCAGAUCUUUCUUAUGAACUUCUUUAUUGAAUCUGCAUUAUAUUCACUCUUGUCGAGAGAAUAAAUAUAGUAAAUAAAAUGAAGUAUAAACGGUGCGAGAGCAGGAGGGGGUGCUUGCAUGGUUAUUGGUACAUGGUAUUUUUAAUCUGCCAAAAAAGGAAAGGGAUGCUUGCUUGGGUAGUGGCCCUUUUUCGGCAUUUCAUAGUAAUAAACAUAUCGAGUUGUAGUGCCAUAGAUGAUGGAAGUAAAUGAAGUUCCACAGGCUUUUGCAUGAUAUUUAAUGCAAAUUAGAUGCUGAAGGUGCAGUGGUAUUUUCCUUUAUGGGCGGUAAAAGCGCACAAACUCACGGGACGAAGAGAAGGGACACAAACAUUUUCCUCACAAUGACUUUACUGGGCAUAUAAUGAAUCCCGAAGAAAAAAGAGUACACUGCAGUGUUCAUAGCGUGCUGCAAUCAGGCUGCCGUUGCUGCUUUGUGCACAAUGCCAGGGCGAUAUGAUACCCUUGCUAUUUGCGAGCAGUGCUCAAGAAAUAACUGGAAAUAUUGGUGAUGUCCAAGUGUCACAGCUUGUACUAUGAUUUUACUAGCGGGUUCAUAAAUUUUUGGACUGGGUGACAAGAGGUGCAGUUGAGUCUAUAGUGCUAUGAUGAAGGUGAAAUGACCGUGCUUAAUUGUUGGGAAUCCAUACACAUAACAGCCUUGUAGAAAGAAGCUACAAUAAUAAAAGCGGAGCACUGGAAGAUGUUUUUAUUUUUCCACCACAGCAAUAUAAUAACAUUCCGAUAGCUUUCAAGUAAGCAAUUCAUGCAUGAUCUUUUUGUAUCCCUUGAAUGAAAUUUUGGAGUAAACAAAACACAUUUUCAGGUCCCUGCUAGUUUUGUUUAAGCAGAUAUAUUAAUUUAUAUGUGGGGUUUAAUGUCCCAAAACUACCAUAUGGUUGUGAGAGACGCCGUAUUGGAGGGCUCCAGAAAUUCCGACCACCUUGGGUUCUUUAAUGGUUGUUUAAGCAGAGUCUACUGUAGUAUUGAAGUUAUAGAAUGGUAAUGCCAUACAUUAAACUUAAAUUGCCCAUUUUUGUCAUUUUUCUGUUGUAAUUUGCUUUUUUCUUUGUGGAUAUUAUUCUUCAGCAUAACUGCAUUAAUCUGUGAUAGUGCAGUUGCAAAAGUAAUUUUAGCCAAGUUACAAAAAGCUAAGUUACGAAGAGUGUGCUACCCAAGUUACAAAGGAUGUGCUGUGCACUAGCUAGUGGAGGUCUUACAACAAGCAUUAAAUCUAAGCUGCUAAUAAGCCAGCAAGUACAGGAUAGAGGGAUUGUACAUAGCUUGGUAUUUUCACCAAAGCUUGGUCAUGUUUUUUUCUGUGAGUAUAGCACAGACAGAAUGUAUAAUUUUCUGCUGAACAGCCAGAGAAGUGGUGUAAAUUUAUCAUUUCGAUGAUGUUUAUUUAUUGCCGUGCAAACUUGAAAGGAACUUUUAGGUAACGUUCUAUACAUGGGUGUCUUUCUGUAAAGGCAUAUAUACCGUCACUUUGUGGGCGAUUCAUUUACAGUCAAACCCCUUUACAGUCAAACCCCAAAUCUUUACAGUCAAACCCCAAAAAGAGGCACCAGUGUGCCUACAGUAAAAUACGGGUUGAUAAGGAAAUGCAUGCGAGGUACCCUGUUUAUAAGAGACAUCUCAUAUAAAAGACAAGAAUUGUUGCCUGGAGCAUGCCUCUUAUAAUGAGGUUCAACUGUAUUAUCUUACACAUUUUUGCAACAGUAUAAAUACACACCUUUUGUCUCACUAGCUGACCUUUAAAUCCCCGCAAUCAUGCUUGUACGUAGAGAUUUCACUGCUCAGGGUUGUACUGCGCAGAUAUGACAAAUGGUCAUGAUCAAAAUGAAAGUCUCGCUGUUUGGAAGAACAGGUAUAAUUACAGUGUACCGUAACUAUAAGCCUUGUUUAUUACACUGCCUUUCAAAUAAUUACUGUCACUCGCUUUACUGUCUUAGUCAUUCAGCUUUUAUAUGCGGUGAAUGUAGAUUAGGAGGAACUAGGACCAUUUGUAACAUAGAUGAUUGUAAUGCACCGUACCUUGUCGGAAGCGCAGAAAGCUAAAGAGGAGUGCUGUGUGCCUAACAGCAUUUUCUCUUCAUUAGUAGGUGCACGUGUUGUGACCAUGGUACAAAGGCAAGAAAACUCUUGCAUAGCUUUUUAUGUAGAAGGCCUCCUAACUGCAAUCGGUGUACGUACAAAGGCAGUUUCAGCGGCUUCACUUGGCCUUGGAAUUUGUGCCUUUAUUGGGCAGUGACAUUCUUGUAUAUCGAAAUGCAACAAAGAUAUGUGGAAAGAAAAGAGAACAAAGUCCUCACAAUCAAUGAUUCGUGAAGGACGAUUGUGUUUUGUGGCCUGCUUUUGGAUGAUGGAAUUAUGUUUGAGUAGUUCUUUUUUCUAAAUAAAAAUGUUGCUGGUGGGAUCUUACAUCUGGAAGCUCUCUGUUCUUCCUUUGCAUUUUUUUUUUCUUUUGGGUCUAUCAUGUUACAGGCUAUUAAAAUCCAUGAUCAUGAGUUCAUAUGCUAUGUAUGUAUCCUACUAAAUUUUAGCUGCGCUUGUUCAAUGAACAAGUUGUGCUGAAAGCAUAAUCAGUUUAAUAGAACUGUGUCGCUGUCAUAUAUCUUUUCGCUAUGCAAAUAUUUUCAAAAUGGUAAUAUGCGUUUAGGAAGGUGCGAAGUUAUAGAAGACUUAUCAGUAUAAAGUGCUACAUUAAGCAUCUUGACUUGGUACAAUUAUCUUUAGCACAUGCACUUUGUAGAAAUUUUGUUCUGGUUUUUCACAUAUUACCAAAAAUCUUGUUCAACGCAAUGCAUUUGUGCGUAAUUUAACUCCAUCUUGCACUGAUCUUAAAAUUGGAGCUUAACAUUGACUGGUUUGAUCAUUCUACAUAAGACCAUACACAAAAAUUGUCUAGGUGGUCGUGUCUAACUGAACAGCACUUCUAUUACUGUCCCGUUUGAAUGUUGUAUAAAGAUAGUGUUAUAUAUUUUGCAAGAAUAUGUGCAUCUUGCUGUUCAAUAACUUAUAGCUGUUUGCCUUUCUUGGUAUCCUGCUGAGGACCCCUUACAGUCCUUCGCAGAAACUUUUCUCUCACAUUUUCUCUAUGCUGUCCCAGGAUGCUUUGACAUCAUGCAGAUAAUGCAGCAGCAGUAGCACUUGGCACAUGCUGUUGUAGACACUUUCCCAUGAAAAGUCCUCUUUCUAUUCUAGCGAGCGCUGCUGUUUUUUCCUAGUGUGAGUCUACUUGUCUCGUAAACAUUUUUAAAGCAACCCCAUCCCCCCCCACUGAUGUCAUCGGCUGCGCUUUUCACUGUGUUUCCAUCUUCAUGUGGUCCUGUGUAUUGUAGCAGACUCAUUCAUUCAGCGGAGAGAGUGUGCUUGUACAGUUUGCUGAUGUGAUCUAAGCGUUGUGCUCACAAGUGGUUCAAGGGUCAGUAGUGAGGUGCCAGGUUGUGGCUAGAAGUCCUUCUAUGGUAAGAUCUGGGUGGCUUUGAUCUCUGUCACUGCCUAGUGAAAGUGGCAUUGAGCAUGUGCGGCGUUUUCUGUCAAAAUCUACUUGUACAUAGUACUUUGCGAAUUGCAAGGAGUCCUGGCACUCGAUUUCAAGGAGAAACAGAAAUAUGUUGUCAACUUGAGUAGAAUACACAGUGUUCGGCUACUCACCUGAGUCAGUGCCUAAAAAGUGCUCAAACUCUGUUCGACCACCAAGUGAGUUUAUGUAGCAUCCACUGUGCAUGCUGCCGUGUCACCUGGGGUGCUAUGCAUGCACAAGCUAAUGUAGUAAAGGCCAUGCUUUGGUUGCCCUGGGGUUUCACUAAUACUGAGGUCAUAUUUCUUUUAGGCAAAUGAUGACACCAAAGGAAAGCUAUGUGUCUUAACCACCUUGACAGAUGUUUCAAAAGGGCAAGACAGUUGUGAGAAACUUGCACUGCACUAUCAUGCAGGACUUGUUUCAGGUUUUUUAAGUUUUCAAGGAUUGUAAUUUUCAUCCGAGUUCACGUUUAACGCUUGGCAGCUCAUCAGGUGCCAAUAUAGUUAGGGAUCCUUUGGCCCACCAUGCAUCCUGUCAGUUGAGGCUCAAUGUGCACAGGUGAAUUAUUGGCAUAGCUCCCGGAAAGAUGUAACCUCACCACUUUCUCCCUGUCGGAGAUUCCCAAGUGUCUGGGGCAAUUUUUUGACUCUCGCACUUAUGCACUCGUCCUAUGUUCAUGCGCUCUGUGUGAAUGCAUUAUCCUGGGCACAUGUCACGCCCUGCAGAGAAGUUUCUUGUACUUAACAAGGGCUGCUGCCUAGCAGCCUGUGUGUAUGUAUGCAUUAUAAGCAAUAGUGCAGCAUGGUACCUCAUGUAUAGAGGAUGGCUAAUUAUGUGCCUAGAAAUGAGGAAAUCUUGCCUGUGAAGGAUGAAGUACUUGAAGUAACAACAAGGUAUUGUAUUGUACUUGAAUAGACAGUGCUUUAACUAUAUAACCAGAUGCAAUUAAACCUCAGUGCACAUGAACAUAGGCAGGUGUAAGUGAAACUGCAUCACUUUCAGGUUGUGAGCUAGCUUUAAUACUGAAUUUUUCAAUGAUGCUUAGAACAAAUUUUACAGGUGCUGUAAGCAUGAAAUGCUUUAUGACUGUUCUCAUUGUGCUGCUGUUGUAAAUAAUUGAAAUAUUUCGACUAAUACUACAAAACCUAAUUUGACCAACUUUGAUGUUUACGUAGUUUUGCAUCUUCGAAGCGUAAGUUGUAUUUUUGCCUCAUGCUUGCUUUGUACAUAUGUUUCUUACUUACUGCUCUACUGGACAUAGCAAAGUGUCUCAAGUAAAUGAAUAAGUAAGUAAAUAAAUAAAUAUAUAAAUCAGUUGCAUAAACACAUGCGCAUACAUGUAGAACAUCACACCAAUAACAGUAACGAAGGCAGAAAAUUUUCACGUGUGCUGUGUUCAUCUAACUGGUGUCUGCUUUUGGUUUCUCUUGAUUGGACAUUAAUGGUGAAUACCGUGUUAAACUGGGUCGGUAAGUGACAUGUCAUCACAAGAUUUGGACAUCUGUCAGCAGAAGUUUGUAGUUUAUUGAAGCACGAUGACUACUAUAUUGUACUCAAAGAAAAUCAAAGAAUUUACCAAGUUGUUUGUAACAAAACGAUUCGAACACGCAAAGACGGUACUUUGGUAUCUGUAAUUUUGUACUUACAGGGUGAGGAACUCUGAAUAAGCGUAAGCAGUGGCAAGCUAAUUGAGUCAGUAAUAAACACUCUUCUACUAAAUAAACACAAAUUUAACAUUUAAGAUAUAUCUCGUAAGGCUGAACUCAGUAUUACUAGGUGUCUCUUUAAUCUCUGUUUUGUGACACUUUGUCUAUGAUAUUCACUUGGCUGCCUUCUGGCCGAGCUAUGCCUGACGCUGAAAGCUCAUUUAUAAAUAUUAAAGCUAGCUAGAUGUGCUCAUGAGAAGAGCAAGGUCUAUCUGAGUGUUCCAUGCUCACCAUUUGUGCCUGUAGGAAAGGUAAACCUGUUUUAACAGCAAAGCUCUUAUAAUAGUUAACUUGCACCAUCUACAUGUCUGUGUGGUGUCACACAGGCAGAGGGGGAAGUGGAUAAAGAAAUGAGAUGAUGAUGAUGCUCGAAGUCACAAUGAUCAUCAUGAUGAUACUAUAAAUGAGACUAAGCUGCCUUGGUCUGCCCUCACAUAUACCCAAGCGAUCAUGGCCUUGCUUUUCGACAUUUACAUGGCUGGAAACUGGUCUAGCUUUUAUUUUCUUUUUUUUAUUAUGCUUGGUGGUGGUGUUGAUGAGCACAAUUAUACUAUCAAUUAAUGAUAACAAUCCACAAUAUUUCUUCCUUAUUGAAACAGGGUGUGUAUGAUAGUGAUCUUUUUUCUCCUGUCUGUACCAAAUUGAGUAUAUUUGUAAUUAGCCUGUAACUCAGUCAAGCAGUGUUCAUCCCACUGUAUUUCUAGGAAAUAACCCUGCCCGCAAAAAUGCGAAUGUCGAAAGUGUCCAGUUUCAACUUUUUUAAUGUUCUUAGGACCCCAGCACAUAAAAGCAGCUUCACUUCAUAAAAGUCCAAUCCUUGUCAGUCGACUGCACAUUCCUGACAUAUUAUGUUGUUUAUGUAUGUUCGUUCCCAGGCAUUGUAUUUUCCAUUCUAGUAUUUUCUUUUCAUUAUUGUGGGCUAGACAAGUGCACAUUUGGUGCUGAUCGAUGGUUACUCAAAAAUCAAGCCUUUUCAGAACUAUUACUGCCUGGAGUAUGUAGUAUUGUCUGGCUUUAGCCACUAACACCAAUCAUACAAAAUGUCAAAUAGCUUUCUUUUUUGUCCUUUUCAUAUCGUGAAAGGUGCUCACUUAUGCCUUCACAAAUCAAAUUAAUGAUUAUUUCUCAUGGUUCAUGCUUGAAUAUUCAGAAAUCAUGCAUCUAAUUAUUUCUAAUGUAUUCAAUUUUUAUCUAUUUAUACUACUUCAUGAGCGAUCAUGUUUGGUCUCAAUGUACACUCCUUGCAAAGAGUAAUUACAUGUGUGUGUUGUACAUGUUCUCACAUUUUUCAGGCUAUAAAUUGCACUACUUCAGCGUGUAUCUCGGCAUAUAUCUUGUGGGUGUGAAUAGUAUGUAGUACUGCGAAGGCUUGAGGGGUGCUGACAAAGACACCUGUUUUCCUCUCUGACGUACACAAACACACCCUCGAGAAAAAGUACAAACUGCAUCAACAUAUACAUUUAACCAUAUGCUAGCUGCUGCUGUAUUGCAGCUGCUAUACACAGAUCUUGAGUCUUACUACUGAUCACCAUGUACACAUGUGCACGAGUGUAUCCAUUUUUGAUGGCUUUAGGUAUAUGUGCAUGUCUGCUUUUUGUUUUUCUUUUCUCUGUGUGUGGAGGCACUCUCUAUGUCCAUAUAUAAAAUAUCCUCUAAAGCACAUGCUGCUUUUUCUCUUGGCAAAUAAAAAAAAAAUCAUCAGCCAACUUCUCCCCUGUACCAGCAUUCACUCAACUGAAACAGUGUAUCAUUCCAAAUGUGUGCACUUUUUCCCUUUUUCAAGGUCUGUGCACUUGUUCAUAUAUAUCCACCAACUUGGGUGGUUUUUCUGAUGCGUGCCCUUUGUUUUAUUCAGUGGCAAUAAAUAACGUACUUGAAAGCAA